AUGAGUUUAAGACUACCAGGGCUUGCAGACAUGCAUGUUCAUCUUCGCGAUGGCGAAAUGAUGAAGCAUGUGGUUCCUACUGUUAAUCAAGGAGGUGUUUCUGUAGCUUACGUUAUGCCGAACCUUGUUCCUCCUAUUACAACAGUAGACGCUUGCUUGAAGUAUAAAGCUGAAAUCGAACUGUUGGACCGUAAAACAAAAUACUUGAUGUCCUUAUACCUUUCUCCAGAAAUAACACCGAAAGUCAUUCACGACGCCAGUAAACGAGGAGUUCGCGGCGUCAAGUCGUACCCCAAAGGCGCCACUACCAAUUCUGACAGCGGUGUAGAAAGCUAUGAACCUUUCUAUGCUACAUUUGAAGCCAUGGAAGAAACUGGUAUGGUUUUGAAUAUCCAUGGAGAAGUCCCUGCUUCAACCAGUGAUGAUGUAUUUAGUGCUGAGCCAAGAUUUUUGCCUACCUUACUAGACUUGCACAAACGAUUUCCCAAUUUGAAGAUUGUUCUGGAGCAUUGCAGUACAGAAGAAGCUAUUGAAGCUGUAUUAAAUUGUGGUCCGAGUGUUGCUGGUACCAUCACCGCGCAUCACAUGUACAUAACUCAUAAGGAUUGGGAAAAUGAUCCUCAUUGUUUCUGCAAGCCAGUAGCGAAAACCGAAAAGGAUCGUUUGGCUUUGAUUAAAGCAGCUACAAGCAGAAACCCGAAGUUUUUCUUUGGAUCAGACUCAGCUCCUCAUCCCCAAUCCUCGAAACAGAAGACGCCUCCCGCCGCUGGAGUUUUCUCUCAGGCUUUUGAAGCAUCUUAUUUAGCCGAUAUAUUUGACAAGGAAGGAUGCUUACAUGCUUUACAAGAUUUCGCUUGCAAAUUUGGUAGAGACUUUUAUGAUGUUCCCAUUGAAGAAUCAGCCCCCUCGCUAAUCUUGGAAAAUAAUCCUUUUACAAUUCCACCAUUAAUCAAUGACUGCCUAGUUCCUUUCCGUCCUCGAGAGAAUUCAAAUUGGCAAUGUCGAUGGGAGGAAGGCACUUUAUAA